AUGUCUGCCGGAACGGUCGAGGACGGAAAUGCUCCGACUGGGCGUGCGAGCCUUGCCGACAACGGAAAGCCAAGUGCGAUGAAGGGAAACCACAAUGCGGUCGUUGUGUCCGGCUCCAGCUUGCCUGCCAAUACAAAAACCCCUCGGAAGGAUUUGACGCUCUUUCACAUCCGCGAGUCGCUGGCAAGCCUGGAGGCUAAGAUGGAUGGCUUACGCGCCCUUCUGCAGAGGGAAGAAUCUGCUGCUUUACCAAGGAUAGAGUCCCCGGAGAAUGCGCACGCCUCUGUUCCGGCGUAUCGGAGUGCGACUGUCGACACUCCGGACUCUCCUAUGCCGUCCAGCCCUCUACAUCACAGUACGGCUCCACAGAAUAUCCUCCUCUGGCCUUGUCUCCAAGCCAGUCUUCACCGUCUGGAUACUAUGUAUGGGCUGCGUGCAGAAAUCACGGAGCACAACAAGCGAGACACCCGCAAUUGGCAGUUGCUCUGGAGCGAAAAGGCGACGGCACCCGAAACCCUGUUGAGCAGUCUCACACUCUCGCAAAUACAAUGCCUCAAGAAGGCCUUCUUCGACGACUUCUCGAUAUAUUCGCCUCUUUUGGUCGAAUCGGAGUUCUCUGAUCACAUUUUGGGUCCAGUUCUUACAGGGGCAAGCACUUCUGAGCUCGACAUCUGUACCGUCCUGAUGGUUCUCUUUUUGGGUGGGAGGGCGCUGACAGACCAGGGUGAGCUCGGCGUUCCGGAUGACCCUCGCGGUAUCUCGAAAGCCUUCCUAGACGCAGACGAAGCGAAUACCCGGCUGUCCCAAUUGUCCCUCAAAAUUCGAUCCAGUGCAGAGGUGUCCUGGCGAGCUGCCCAGGCUCUAUUGUUAACCGGGUUAUAUUACUCGCAGCAGAUUAAUGUCCUGGAGCACUACCAGGCGGUGCAACGGGCCUGUACUAUCAUCAUGAUCCUGCUCCAGAGUAACCCUCGGCCGAGUCCAACUGAAAUUCAGAUAUAUUGGGUGGCAUACGUCCAUGAAAGUCAGCUCCUCGCAGAAUUCGAGCUUCCAGCCAGCGGCAUCAGCCGGUAUGAGGACACGAUUCCCUUUCCAUUUAGUGAGAGCCGCAGCGCUCAUGAGCCUCGCGAAUUGCAUCGCAUGAUCUUUCUUGCUCAUUUAGCGCUACGGAAAUUGCUCAAUCGGAUUCACUCCAACAUUUACGGCCAUGGGAGUCGUCAUAAUCGACACGACAUCCUCAGCAACAUCUCACCAGCUGGCCUAGCUGCCUCGUCAAGCCUUUCAACCGGCUUUUCCACCUCUAUGUUGAUGAUCGAAGAAUUAGACCACCAACUGGAACUCUGGAGACAACAUUUACCCGCAGAGCUGACCUUCCCAACCCUGGCGCAUAUGAACCCGUGGCAGGACGAGGAUCUGACAACCCGCCGAGCAGCAUCGCCUUAUGAGCGAGCAAUCGGUGCUCUUAGGGCCCGCUAUUGUGCUGCAAAGACAAUCAUCCUGCGCCCUUUCCUCUAUACCCUACUGAACACACCUCCACAGAGCACCAUCCCCGCAACAGCUCACGAAAACGCCAAGCUCUGCCUGUUGGCUACUUUUCAGGCAGUCUUGCGCCAGGGCAUAUUGCGAGAUAGUAUCCGAGCAAUUCCGAUGCCGAUUAACUUGAUCCGAUGUUUCUUUGCAGGAGCUAUUUUGCUGCGACUGGUGGAAAAGAGACCCGAUCUUCAUUCCCUAUUACCUGCCGAUUGGCACGUCAUUUGGCGUAUUCAAGAACGAGUCGAAAUGGACGCUUCCCACCUCAGCCCAACGAUUGCUCAGGAUAUGGAACUGCUGCGGAAACUGGAUCAGAUAUCUCCUGGAAGCGCUGCCCUGACUUGA